AUGGCCGACGACUCAAGCAACCAAGAAAAGAUAGUAACCGCUAUUGAUAUCGUGGACCAACAAACAGCCUUGGAAAAGGAAGCCAAUGAAAUACUUCCGGGAAAGUUCGAAGCGUGUACUUUUGACAAGGGUUACAUUCGACAGCCUCUUUAUGCUUGCAAGACUUGCAGCCAUGACAAUACCGAACCUGCUGCAAUGUGCUACAGUUGCUCGAUCGCUUGCCAUGCCGACCACGAGCUCUUUGAACUCUUCGCCAAAAGGAACUUCCGGUGCGACUGUGGGAUAGAACACAAAUUUGGUGAACAUCCUUGUCAACUCUCAUCCCUUUCAAAGCAACAAACCGCGUCAAAUGAUGACAAUGCAUACAACCACAACUUUUUCGGUCAUUACUGCAGAUGCGACAAGUUUUAUGAUCCUGCAAAAGAUGAAUGCACCAUGUAUCAGAUUCCGCCCGAGAUUGAAGACUUUGAGAGCUAUGUGUGCCGCGAUUGCGUUGACAGAUACCCUUUCCUUGUCCAGCAACCAAGUGCAUCCGUCAGCGUAGGUCUAUCUCAUGAUAAUGCAAAGAUCCACAAAUGGCUAUUGCCAGCACCAUCCAAUGACAACCAAACAACAUUACCAGAUCACUCAACAGCAACAACAACGACCCAUGACUCCAUUUCUGAUACUGCUACAACAACAACACAACACAAUCACUCAGGCGAAAAGCGCAAAGAGCCAACAUCUCCCCAGACAAAUGUACCCGACUCCAAGCGCGUGAAAUCCGAUUCAGAAUGCAAAAAAGAAAAAGCUUCCUAUGCUGAUCGUGUCGAAUUGUUCUUCAAUGAUGGAUGGCGUGAAAAAUUAUGUCAAUGUGAUACGUGCAAGAAGGCGUUUGUUGAGAAUGGCAUUGAAUUCCUUUUAUCAGAAGAAGAUACCUUUGAGCCCGAACAGGAUGAGGAUGCAGGCAAAUCAUUACUUGAGAUUGGCAUGGAGCAAAUGAAUCAUAUGGACCGUGUACAAGCUAUCGAAGGCAUCAUUGCAUACAAGAAAUUCGCGACACAGAUCAAGGAAUUUCUUCGUGGCUUUGCAGGCUCUGGUGAGGUGGUCACUCAAGACGAUAUUCGUCGAUUCUUUGAUGAAAGGAAUGGUCAACAAGAUCCAGAAAAUGGUGCAUAA